AUGCAAAAUAUUGGGAAAUCAGUAUGUAUAAGACAGCAUUGGAGGGAAGGAAGGGUGAGUUGGCGGAUGGGGGAGGCCGAGAGAGAUGAUGACUUGGAGGUUCAGAUCGGAAAUAAGCUGCGGAGAGAUGCCUUUUUGGUGUUUAGAGCACUUUGUAAAUUAUCUAUGAAGACGCCUCCCAAGGAGGCCUCAGCUGACCCGCAGCUGAUGAAGGGGAAGAUUGUGGCACUAGAGUUAUUGAAGAUUUUGCUGGAGAACGCUGGAGCUGUAUUCAGGACUAGUGAAAGGUGGGAAAAGAAUGUACCGUGGCCUGAUUUUGUUGAUAGGCAGCAUGUAGAUCUGCAUUUAGCUUAAUUUUGAAUGUAGUAAACACCACUGCAUUGGCUGGAAGUUCUGUU